AUGAUCUCCAACAUCCCCACUGACCAAUCUUCUUCAGCUCGUCAGCCUUCUAUCGCCGCUUCAUCAAGCCGCCCUAACACUCCUCCAAUUGGUGAUUACCGUCUGAAGGACUCUGAAACGGGGACUGAGCCUGAAGGUAGCUUCAUAACUGCCUCAGAUGGGCCGGAGAUCGAGCACAGUGAAGAAAAUGACGACGUCACUGAUGUAAACUACGAUGAGCUCGAAACUCUAGAACACAAAUUCUACAAGCGGAUGUACGCGGAUCGCAAGAAUAGACUGAUGGAGAUCUACCACUCUCGCAUUGGCAGUAAGAUCCAGCACGGUAGGAGCAGAAAGGCUCGCAAGCUGGCUCAACGUCGCCGUCUCUCGCAAGACGAGAAAAGGCAGAUGAACUGA